GUCGGCCUAGCGGGAGGGCAGCUUCCGAAGUAGGCAGCCCCAGCGCGCCUGCGUGGAGCGACCCUGCGUGCAGUGAGGCAGUGGCGGGGGAAGGCACCGGUGGGGCCGACUGGCGGGUUGAAGGAGGGAAGCGGGCGAGCGAAGUCCCAGUGCGCGCCGCGGCGGCACGGGUACCCUCCCCUUCCGGGCGUGAGGCGCUGUGAGGAAAGCUGAAGCGAGCGGACUCGCACCGGCAGCGAGACGCCGCUACCGCCGCCCCAGCCCAGCCUCCCUCGGCUUCGGCGCUCCCGUCGUGGGGGCCCGGGUUCCUCAGCACACCCAGCUCCAGCAGCCCCAGAGCCUGUCCCCAGUCUUUCGGAAGCCCCGGCGCCAGCCCGGGCCCUUGGCGGGGAGGAUGACGGAGCUGCAGUCGGCACUGCUACUGCGAAGACAGCUGGCAGAAAUGGAAAUGUUUUGGACAUCAGGUAGCAUUUUGCUAAUGGAUCCAGAACUCAACAAAAACCCAGUGGAAGGCUUUUCAGCAGGUUUAAUAGAUGACAAUGAUCUCUACCGAUGGGAAGUCCUUAUUAUUGGUCCUCCAGAUACACUUUAUGAAGGUGGUGUUUUUAAGGCUCAUCUCACUUUCCCAAAAGAUUAUCCCCUUCGGCCUCCUAAAAUGAAAUUCAUUACAGAAAUCUGGCACCCAAAUGUUGAUAAAAAUGGUGACGUAUGCAUUUCUAUUCUUCACGAGCCCGGGGAAGAUAAAUAUGGUUAUGAAAAGCCAGAGGAACGCUGGCUGCCUAUUCACACUGUGGAAACCAUCAUGAUUAGUGUCAUUUCUAUGCUGGCAGACCCUAAUGGAGACUCACCUGCUAAUGUUGACGCUGCGAAAGAAUGGAGGGAAGACAGAAAUGGAGAAUUCAAAAGGAAAGUUGCCCGCUGUGUAAGAAAAAGCCAAGAGACUGCUUUUGAGUGACAUUUAUUCAACAGCUGUAACUUCACUUAUUUCAGGGUCUCCAAUUGAGAAACAUGGCACUGUUUUUCCUGCACUCUACCCACCUAUUGCUGGACUUCUGUUGUAACAAGUUGGCAAACACUGGCUGGAACUGGGCUGCAAUAAAACAUGCCAGUAUCAAUGCUGACAAGAGCCUAACAAGUGCCAACUUACAGAUGAUUACGCAUUUUGAAUUCUAAUGAACUGUUUUAACCUUCAGGAAGAAUUGUAAAGACCUGUACAUAGCACAACAUGAUCCGGAUAAUAUAUAUACUGUUCAUGUACAUCCACAAACACACCUUGUACCAAAUAAUGCUUUCUUGUAGUAGAAUAAGAAUCGUGUAAAUUCUAAAAGAUUUUAGCAGGUUUUCUUUCCCUAUUCAUUGUUUCUUAUCAGUUUUAAAAGACUCCUUAAAGCAUGUCAGAUAAAAAGCAAUUAGGAUUAAAAGUUUCCAUUUAAUUUCCUUUAAACCAUUGAGGCUUCAUUAAACUCUUUUCACUUACUAAACUUUGUAUCUUCUUUGUUUGGACACACUCCCCUUUGCUUUUAUCAAUUCUGUCUGCCAGGAAGUUUUCAAAUCAUUUAGUUCAAAUACUGAAAGACUCAAUAAGCAACUACUUGAUUUUUAAUGAUGACUUCAGAGGAACGGUCAUCACUAGGUGCUUCAUCCCUUUUGUAUUAUACUUGCACCCAUGUCUUGGAUUGGAUAUAGCAAUAACAUUUUUUCAUUGUUGAGAGCUCUUGAAUUCAGUCAUUUUCCCCAAGAACUAAAAAGAGUUGGUUCUGAAUUCAAUUCAGAUUUAAAAUUAUUGAAAUUUACCCCAAACAAUACAAAAUUCUGAUUUGGUUUUAUUUUUGCCCUCAGUUACCUAAUGUGAAGGUUGGAUGAAUAAAGCAUGCACAGCUGCAGGCUUUCUACUUAACUUCUGGGUUUGCUAUUAAAAAUGCUGUUUACCCACACACCCUUCUCCUUAGCCCUUCAUAUUUCUUUGCCUCUAUUCUCUAUACUGCAGAUUUUUCUCACCUAUUGUACAAAGAAAUUGCGAUGUAUAUUUUCAUGUAAUUUGAUUUUGGAAUUCUGUCACCUUAUGUAGUGAGUUCUUCCAAAAUAUAAUUUUUUUCCAAUAAUUGUCAAGUUGUUGGCUUUUAUUGUAUUGAAUGAAGGUUAUAAUAGAGUGCCAGAGAAGUGCAGUUUAGAAAAAUCUCAGGUUGUUUCCUUAUGCAAACAAAUUUAAUACUUGAAAAUCACAUGGCCAUGGCAGUAUAUGUAUUGGGUUCUGUAUAGAUUCUUAUGUGAAUCUCAAAGCAUUACAGGGAUGGAAAGGCUUUGCUAUUUGACAUAUAAGAUUUUGCCACUGACAUAGUGCACUUGGAUUUUUAUUACUGUUUGAGCAUAAGUAUAUUUCAUAUCAUAAGUUUUCGAAAAUAAUUUCAGGAAAUGUAAAAUGAGCAUGUGCAGUGUUAAAGGUGGGCCCAGGUUCCUCUGUGUUUGAGGCUGGGACUGGGAGGUAGUCUUUGGCAUAUAAGGGAUAGAACUUGAGACAGUACCCAAUGGGACAUGGUGUUUAAUUGUGAGAAUCAGUGAGAAUUGGUGCAUCUCUGCUCUGUGGGGUUUGGAGAAAUGCUUUGGCAGAAGAGUGAAAGGAUUCCUGCAAGGAGCCCGUCCUUUACGAACUUUGCAUGUCUUUUUUAAAGCAGAAGUAAAAUAAUUGAGGAUGUAGUCACAGUAGAGAGUGAUUUUUCUAAAUCUCAGUCUCUUCUUCACUCUGAAGCAUUAAAAAAGCCCAUAAAUGUGUAAUGGCUGAAUGUGAAAUUGUUUGAUUCAUUGCAGCCCAAUUUUCUUCAAGAACUUGGCGUGUGACUUUACUUUUUCAAAGACUCUGUAAACAUUGUUGCCCCAAAGUGCCAGUACUGCAUGCCUACCUGGGACUUUGAAUGCAAUCCCUUUUUAUUCUUAAAUCAGAAAUUGUUCACAUGGUGCUUGCUUGUGGCAAGAUGGAGUCUGAAUUUUGCUCUCCUAUUGCUGUAAUUCUGCUAGCAAUCUCUUGAGUUAAAACCUGGGAUUUGACUCUUCAGAGAGGAGCAAAUGACCUAGUAACUCAGGGACAACUAUUCUUGAACUUUAAGUGCCACAUUAAUGCAGUUACUUUGGUGGAACCAUGUGUUCUUUAGGGCUAGAUCUUGGGGAGUAGAAGGAGAGCCAGGAAUGAGUGCAGGUCUCAUGACACCCCUUUCCAUCUGGUGCCCUGAGCGUGCUACAUAUGGAAACACAGGCCUCGAGAGAUGUUUUGGCUUCUUUUCCUCUGUCAGAGGUGUCAUCUGUGCCUUUCCCAGUGUUCAUCUGACUGUGAAUCUAAAUGCCUCUACAUUUGAUGUUAAACCACACUCAGGUGACACUGAUCCAGGUGGCUUUUGUCCCAGCAGUGCCUCAUCAUUAGUGUGAGUCUUGUCUGCUUUAGGAAAAGGAUUUUUCUCCCUGACCUCGUGCCAACUAUCAACAACACCUGCAUAGUCUUAUGGAUUGUAGAACCGUUGCCUGUUUCCUAAAUUUAUUCCAAGUUCUUGUAAAGGCUUAUCGAUUUCAGUCUAUGCUUAUAAUGGGAUGGAUGAUCUCAGUGGCUUUCUGGCCUCUUGUGAGUUUAAAAUCCAAAUGAGGUUGGUUUUCUUGUCAUUACAAGGUAAUAUUUUUGUGAGGUUAUUCCACUAGUUCUGUGAUUACUUGGGUGUCAUAGUGUCUUUAAUGGCCUUCAUUCUUGGUUGUGAAAUUUUAUUUUAUAUGCUCAUUCACCCUCUACAAAUCUGCCCCUUUGGGGUUGUGGUGCCUGUGUAUUUGCCUGUCUGGUCCCCAGUUGGUGGAAUUACCUUUUGUGUACUGCCACUUCUCAGCAUCUUUGAAAUUUGACAUAAUGUUGCUUCAUUCCAGUUUUUUUUGUUUGUUUGUUUUUUUAGUUCUGUAAUUUGUUGAUUGUAUUUAACUAUGUGAGUUCUGUUGUGAUGUUUACUGUAUUGUAAAGCACCUCGAUCAUGUGAUGGGUGCUCUAUAAAUCAAUAAAUGAUGACUUAGAGGCUGUA